CAAAACUCACAAGGUAAAAAAGGAGAAUCAAGAGGAAACGGAUCGUUUCGAUCUUCCGUUGCGUGACAGAUUUCUUGAAACGCGGUGAUUAACUUCUCCAGUGUGUUUGUGCGUGUGGAAAAGGAAGGAAACAGCGUUGGAAAAUCGUCAGAUAGUAAAAGGAGGACCCGGUUCAGAGUGCGCAGGAGCUUCCUAGAAGGGAGGGGGUAGACUGACGAUCGACGGAAUCGCGAGCGAGGGGAAUAGUGUCGGCGCGUGUGGCGCGCAGGCGCGAGGGAUUCCCCGGGAAUCGGGUCUUUCCGGGUCUCCGACACGGUUCUCCCUCGUUCGGCUCACUCGAGCGGGCGACGCGCGACACGGCAACAGGUGACGACCGGAAGCCGACUGGAGCACCCUCGAAACGACCAGAACCACCGAGUACAGGCGUCGCGGCGCCGAUCCACGCGUCGAUCAACCGCGUAGAAGAAGAUUCUUCUAUCUCUCUGUUUCUGUCGGUGAAACGAGCAUUCUUUCGAGGAUAAAUUUUCGUCGGAGAAGGAUCGAGGAAGAGGCCGAGGUUGAAUAGAGGUGACGGAAGAAUCGAGGAGGGAAAAUGAGCGUCGAGGACGCCAUCAACUAUAAGCCCAGCGAGGAGGAGGAUUACUAUGCUCUCCUCUCGUGCGACGAGUCGUCCACGGUGGAACAAAUCACGGCGGAGUACAAGGUGCUCGCUCUUCAGUUUCAUCCGGACAAGCACGGAGGGGACAAGGAGGCAGAGCGGAAGUUCCAACAACUCAAGCACGCGAAAGAGGUUCUCUGCGACCCUGAACGAAGGAGCAACUACGACAAAUGGAGGCGUAGCGGGAUCGCCAUCAGCUACAAGCAAUGGCUCGGAAUGAAGGAACACGUACACCAGUCGAUGCACUGGAGCACACCGAAGACGAAGGAUCGCAUGCUGCCGGACGUAGGAGGCGAGGCUGCAGGUUCUCCAGGUCACACCGCGAAGGUGCAACCGGCGAACCCUCACAGAAGAGCCUCGGAGGGUGGCGCGAACAUCUAUUACGGCGCUCGCCGUGAUUUAGGCUGGGAUUCCGAGGCACCGAGCGAGGUGGUCAACAAGUUCCGCAAUUACGAGAUCUAAACACGCAGCUUCAACCGCGCCAUUAUGGAUCGUCGUCGUCUGGACCAACGGUCGCUCUUGUGUGUGUGUCCAACCCUUUUUUCGAGUAUAUCUGAACGGGGCGAAGCCGACGAACCAGCGUUAACCACGUAUUCGUUACGAUAACACCGUCUCAACGUAAAUUUACCGUUCACCAUUGUCCA